UUUCUGGGCAACAGCUGCUAUUUUCACUUGAGCCCAAGUUAGUUUCUCGGGGAGCUCUGGGGCGCGCACGGGCAGCUCGGUUUGCCCUGCGAUUGAGCCGCGGGGUCGCGGCCGGCGCCGGCCUCUCCAAUGGCCAAUGUGUGUGGUUGGAGGCGAGCGCGAGGCUUUCAGCAAAGGCAGUCGAGUGUUUGCAGACCGGGGCGAGUUCUGUGAAAGCAGAUAAAAGAAAACAUUUAUUAACGUGUCAUUACGAGGGGAGCGCCCGGUCGGGGCUGUCGCACGCCCCGCGAAACACUUGGCUCCCUCCAGCUCCGAGAGAGGAGAAGAAAGCAGAAAAGAGGCAGAUUCACGUCGUUUCCAGCCAAGUGGACCUGAUCGAUGGCCCUCCUGAAUUUAUCACGAUAUUUGAUUUAUUAGCGAUGCCCCCUGGUUUGUGUGUUACACACACACACGCACACACGGCUCUGGCUCGCUUCCCUCCCUCGUUUCCAGCUCCUGGGCGAAUCCCACAUCUGUUUCAACUCUCCGCCGAGGGCAAGCGGGAGCGAGAGUGUGUCGGAUCUGCGAGUAAAGAGGGACGAGGGAAAAGAAACAAAGCCACAGACGCAACUUCAGACUCCUGCAUCCCAAAAGAAGCACCAGAUCAGCCAAAACAGAAGAUGGGUCCCCCGAGCCUCGUGCUGUGCUUGCUGUCCGCAACGGUGUUCUCCCUGCUGGGUGGAAGCUCGGCCUUCCUGUCGCACCACCGCCUGAAAGGCAGGUUUCAGAGGGACCGCAGGAACAUCCGCCCCAACAUCAUCCUGGUGCUGACGGACGACCAGGACGUGGAGCUGGGUUCCAUGCAGGUGAUGAACAAGACCCGGCGCAUCAUGGAGCAGGGCGGGGCGCACUUCAUCAACGCUUUCGUGACCACGCCUAUGUGCUGCCCCUCGCGCUCCUCCAUCCUCACCGGCAAGUACGUCCAUAACCACAACACCUACACCAACAACGAGAACUGCUCCUCGCCCUCCUGGCAGGCGCAGCACGAGAGCCGCACCUUCGCCGUGUACCUCAAUAGCACUGGCUACCGGACAGCUUUCUUCGGAAAGUAUCUUAAUGAAUACAACGGCUCCUACGUGCCGCCCGGCUGGAAGGAGUGGGUCGGACUUCUUAAAAACUCCCGCUUUUAUAACUACACACUGUGUCGGAACGGGGUGAAAGAGAAGCACGGCUCCGACUACUCCAAGGAUUACCUCACAGACCUCAUCACCAACGACAGUGUGAGCUUCUUCCGCACGUCCAAGAAGAUGUACCCGCACAGGCCAGUCCUCAUGGUCAUCAGCCAUGCAGCCCCCCACGGUCCUGAGGAUUCAGCCCCACAAUAUUCACGCCUCUUCCCCAAUGCAUCUCAGCACAUCACGCCAAGCUACAACUACGCGCCCAACCCGGACAAACACUGGAUCAUGCGCUACACGGGGCCCAUGAAGCCCAUCCACAUGGAAUUCACCAACAUACUCCAGCGGAAGCGCUUGCAGACCCUCAUGUCGGUGGACGACUCCAUGGAGACGAUUUACAACAUGCUGGUUGAGACGGGCGAGCUGGACAACACGUACAUCGUGUACACUGCCGACCACGGCUACCACAUCGGCCAGUUUGGCCUGGUCAAAGGGAAAUCCAUGCCGUACGAGUUUGACAUCAGGGUCCCGUUCUAUGUGAGGGGCCCCAACGUGGAAGCUGGCUCUCUGAAUCCCCACAUCGUCCUCAACAUUGACCUGGCCCCCACCAUCCUGGACAUCGCAGGCCUGGACAUACCCGCGGACAUGGACGGGAAAUCCAUCCUCAAGCUGCUGGACACGGAGCGGCCGGUGAAUCGGUUUCACUUGAAAAAGAAGAUGAGGGUCUGGCGGGACUCUUUCCUGGUGGAGAGAGGCAAACUGCUACACAAGAGAGACAAUGACAAGGUGGACGCCCAGGAGGAGAACUUUCUGCCCAAGUACCAGCGUGUGAAGGACCUGUGUCAGCGCGCUGAGUACCAGACGGCGUGUGAGCAGCUGGGACAGAAGUGGCAGUGUGUGGAGGACGCUACGGGGAAGCUGAAGCUGCAUAAGUGCAAGGGCCCCGUGCAGCUGGGUAGCAGCAGAGCCCUCUCCAACCUCGUGCCCAAGUACUACGGGCAGGGCAGCGAGGCCUGCACCUGUGACAGCGGGGACUACAAGCUCAGCCUGGCCGGACGCCGGAAAAAGCUCUUCAAGAAGAAGUACAAGGCCAGCUACGCCCGCAAUCGCUCCAUCCGUUCAGUGGCCAUCGAGGUGGACGGCAGGGUGUACCACGUAGGCCUGGGUGAUGCUGCCCAGCCCCGAAACCUCACCAAGCGGCACUGGCCAGGGGCCCCUGAGGACCAAGAUGACAAGGAUGGAGGGGACUUCAGUGGCACCGGAGGCCUUCCUGACUACUCAGCUGCCAACCCCAUUAAAGUGACACAUCGGUGCUACAUCCUAGAGAACGAUACAGUCCAGUGUGACCUGGACCUGUACAAGUCCCUGCAGGCCUGGAAGGACCACAAGUUGCACAUCGACCACGAGAUUGAAACCCUGCAGAACAAAAUUAAGAACCUGAGGGAAGUCCGAGGUCACCUGAAGAAAAAGCGGCCAGAAGAAUGUGACUGUCACAAAAUCAGCUACCACACCCAGCACAAAGGCCGCCUCAAGCACAAAGGCUCCAGUCUGCAUCCUUUCAGGAAGGGUCUGCAAGAGAAGGACAAGGUGUGGCUGUUGCGGGAGCAGAAGCGCAAGAAGAAACUCCGCAAGCUGCUCAAGCGCCUGCAGAACAACGACACGUGCAGCAUGCCAGGCCUCACGUGCUUCACCCACGACAACCAGCACUGGCAGACGGCGCCUUUCUGGACACUGGGGCCUUUCUGUGCCUGCACCAGCGCCAACAAUAACACGUACUGGUGCAUGAGGACCAUCAACGAGACUCACAAUUUCCUCUUCUGUGAAUUUGCAACUGGCUUCCUAGAGUACUUUGAUCUCAACACAGACCCCUACCAGCUGAUGAACGCAGUGAACACACUGGACAGGGAUGUCCUCAACCAGCUACAUGUACAGCUCAUGGAGCUGAGGAGCUGCAAGGGUUACAAGCAGUGUAACCCCCGGACUCGAAACAUGGACCUGGGACUUAAAGAUGGAGGAAGCUAUGAGCAAUACAGGCAGUUUCAGCGUCGAAAGUGGCCAGAAAUGAAGAGACCUUCUUCCAAAUCACUGGGACAACUGUGGGAAGGCUGGGAAGGUUAAGAAACAACAGAGGUGGACCUUCAAAAACACAGAGGCAUCAACUGACCGCGCAGGCAACGAAAAACCACGUGGGUGAUUUCCAGCAGACCUAUGCUAUUGGCCAGGAGGCCUGAGAAAGCAAGCACUCACUCUCAGUCAACAUGGCAGAUUCUGGAGGAUAACCAGCAGGAGCAGAGAGAACUUCAAGAAGUCCAUUUUUGCCCCUGCUUUUGCUUUGGAUUAUACCUCACCAGCUGCACAAAAUGCAUUUUUUUCGUAUCAGAAAGUCACCACUAACCCUCCCCAGAAGCUCACAAAGGAAAACGAAGAGAGCGAGCGAGAUUUCCUUGGAAAUUUCCCCCAAGGGCGAAAGUCAUUGGAAUUUUUAAAUCAUAGGGGAAAAGCAGUAAAGCAGUCCUGUUCUAAAUCCUCUUAUUCUUUUGGUUUGUCACAAAGAAGGAACUAAGAAGACAGAGGCAACGUGGAGAGGCUGAAAACAGUGCAGAGAGUUCGACAAUAAGUCAGUAGCACAAAAGAGAUGACAUUUACAGCACUCUAAACCCUGGUUGCCUCUGAAGAAACUGCCUUCACUGUAUAUAUGUGACUAUUUACAUGUAACCAACAUGGGAACUUUUAGGGGAACCUAAUAAGAAAUCCCAGUUUUCGGGAGUGGUGGUGUCAAUAAACGCUCUGUGGCCAGUGUAAAAGAAAAUCCCUCACAGUUGUGGACAUUUCUGUUCCUGUCCAGAUACCGUUUCUCCUAGUAUUUCUUUGUUAUGUCCCAGAACUGAUUUUUUUUUUUUUUUUAAGGUACUGAAAAGAAGUUGAUGUAUGUCCCAAGUUUUGAUGAAACUGUAUUUGUAAAAAAAAUUUUGUAGUAUAAAAGUAUUGUCAUACAGUGUUCAAAACCCCAGCCAAUGACCAGCAGUUGGUAUGAAGAAACCUUUGACAUUUUGUAAAAGGCCAUUUCUUGGGA